AUGACUUGCCUAGACUUUGGCACCACAUUUUCAGGGUCGUGUUACGCUAUUACUAGCAGAUUGUCACCAAAAGAGCCUAAGCAAGAUAACUUAUAUCAUAAAACACCAUCUAUCAUUGUGUGUGAUCGGAACUUCCACCUUUUACAUUGGGGAAUGACGGCCUUAGACUUUAUACAAUCUGGACACGUAAAAGAUGAUCAUCGAGUCUUUGAAAAGUUUAAAUUACAACUCCCUUCGUCUAUUGCACAAGAAGGCGCUUUCCGUCGUACUGGAAAUACUAGCCAGCUCGAACUCUUAUGCCUAAGAGCUACAAUUGAUUACUUUAGGGAGCUUUUCGAUCAUACAGCUAGAGCUAUGCAAAAUGCAAAUAUAGUAAAUGGUUUAAAAAUUGACAAAGAAGAUAUACGUUUCGUUAUUACCGUCCCAACACAGUGGAAUGACGUUCAAAAAUCGCUUAUGCGUUUGAUCGCUAUUGAAGCAGGGCUGAUUUCCAAAUACGACAAUGGAAAUCGUUUAAAAAUCAUUAGCGAGUCUUCAGCUGCACUCCUCUAUUGUGAACGAAGACCCAAUAUGAAAAAAUUAAAGAUUGAGGAUACCGAGUACGUGAUUAUGUCAGAGGGUGAGAAGUAUAUGAUUUGUGAUGCUGGUGGUGGAACGGUUAGCAUUGCUGUCUUUGAAAUGCUCAAGCAGGUAGACCAAGAUGUCAAAGCCGGUUUCCAUAGAUGUCAAAUUACCUCAGGAAUUCGAAAGAACUGUGGAUCCGUAUAUUUGGAUCUUAAAAUGAAGGAGGUCCUUUUAGAUAUUUGCUUUGGAGCAGAUAAAGAAUCGUGGAAGAACAACAAGUCCAAAAGGGAAGAGCUUGAAACACUCUUAACACCUCUGACAGACCAGUUUCUUCUCAAAUUGAUGCGAGGUCUGGACGGUGAUAUAAUUACAGACGAAGGUGUAACGGUCGAACAUGAUGAGAAUCAUUUUGAAAUUCGACUUUCAUACAAAUUCAUGCGAGAAAAGGUUUUUGAUGAAGUUGUCGAUAAUACAAUUGACUUUUUGAAGAGACAAAUAAAGAAAGCCAAUGGAAAUAUUAAAUACACCUAUCUGGUGGGAGGCUUUGGCGGAUCACCAUACUUGCGCAAACGUAUUCUAAACGAGUUUCCUUUCGGGCACCCAUUACACAUCGGGAGUUUGAUCCAGGAUGAUCGAGGUGAUACAGCAGCAAUGCGGGGUGCAGCGUACUAUGGUAACUACCCCGAGAUCUUUACAGAGCGGGUUUCUAGAAGGUCUUAUGCUAUUCAGGUUUAUGGUUACAAACGUCAAAAGUUUGAAAUUGACAUAGAGAAGAGCUUAUCAAAAAUGAAGCUAAGGGGAGGAAAAAACGUGAAGAAUGAUAUAUACAAUGAAGAAGCAGCAAACGCAUAUAGUGAUGUGAAUAAACCAGUCAAUCUAUACUAUCAGUCAUCCUAUAAUUCUUCUUUAAAAGAUAGUGAUUCUUUAAGAACCCCGGACGAUGUAACAUUCCUUAUUAGUAGAGGUGACAAGAUUUCGGCGCACAAUCAAAUGCAUGGAAUUUUAAAGAGAUUUUAUGCCGAGGAAGAAUGCAUCGUUUAUGCCUGUAAGUCUAUAUCACACAUUGUAUUGUGUUACAUCCUCUUAUUGACCCUUGUAUCUGAUUGA